AUGUCUCUGGAGGUUGCCAUCCCGGCCGGAUGCGAGCUGGUCAAAGACCCCGCGCCAGAGCUUCUAGACAGUCGACGAUCCCGAUCUCCGUCGUCCCAAGACAGUCGUCCAGCCUCUCCGACUUUCAUUGAGCGCGAGGGAAUGGGCACCAGCAGCUCUAUGAUCACAGCAAGCAUCACGUCCGUGUCCACCACAUCAACAGCGCUCGAUAUGACCACAAACACGGAGGAAUCCGACACGCCAGAGGCCUCUCCGCCGUCCAAAACCUUCGACAAGGCAACGAAUUUGGCCAUUCUAGAGAAACGGAUGCGUAUCGGCAAAACGCGGACGAAAAGCCUCUCCAAGUACAAGAACGUCGAGCGCAGCUUUCGAGCCCCCGAGGGCAACGUAAUCAACCUCCAGCACGAGCAGUACGCGCUCACGUACGGCAUGAUGUGCGGCAUCCGUGACUCUGCAGGCCUCCAGAAACCGUUCAAGCAGCGCCUGACCAUGGACGACUUUAUGCUGGUGGACAACAAGAUCUUUCCGGCCAACUCGCAGCUCCAGCACCCCUUCAAGUUCAAAGAUUACUCGCCGGACGUGUUCCGCCAAGUGCGUCGUCGCUUCGGCAUCGACCUGGCCGACUACAUGUUGACGCUAAGUGGGGACUUUAACUUCAUCGAGUUCAUGUCCAACUCCAAGUCGGGCCAAUUCUUUUUCUACUCGCACGACGGGCGGUUCAUGAUCAAGACGCAGACCAAAGACGAGUCCAAAUUCCUGCGUCGAAUCCUGCCGCACUACUACAAGUUCGUCAUGGAGAACCCCAACACGUUGAUCACGCGCUUCUACGGGAUGCACCGUGUCAAGAUGCACCACUUGAGGCGGAAGAUGCACUUUGUCAUCAUGGCCAGUGUCUUUGAUACGCCAUUAGACAUCCACGCUCGGUUCGACUUGAAAGGCUCGCGCGUGGGACGCCAUGCGUCUCCGAAAGAGCACGAGCGAGGCAGCGCAGGCGUGUUAAAGGACAAUGACCUGUUGGAGAAAGGGUUCCACUUGCAGAUGGGGAUGGCUCGACGCGCGAUUUUCCUGGUUCAACUGCGAAAAGAUGUCGAGUUCUUGAAGCAAAUGAAGAUCAUGGACUACAGUCUUCUCAUCGGCGUGCACGACUCUGGCUGUGAGCUACAGAACGACCUGUACACAGGCACACCCACCAGUGAUAGCUCGGAGAGCGUCACGUCGGACCAAGGAGGCAGCUCCAGGUCGUUGCCGGCGUCACCUGUACGCUCAGACCCCGAACUGACUGCAGUUGCUCCGUCGCGACCAUAUCGCUCGUCGUCGAUGCCCGAGAACGACAUUGAGCUGCAGCCUUCUCCGGUUCUCAGCGCUAUUUCGUCCAUUCAGACGCGACUCGCUCUGUCUCCCCCGAACACGCCGACAGGGAGUGAAGGUCGCACGAGUCUCGAUCUGGACUCGGACAACGACUCGGAGACGAGUAGCGACGGAGGGUUUAGCUUUGGGAGCGCCUUCGGAGACUUCUCGCCAGCCAAUCGAGGGUCGUUUGGAUCGUUGCCAUCGACUCCCCGAGGCUCCGGGUCGACCAUGGCGCCUCUGUCUCCUCGUCUACUGGAUACUGCGGCCUACGAGUACUCAGAGUCGGUCUUCUGCAAGGACGAAGGAGGCAUCUACGGACGGGACCGUCACGGUCGUAAGAACGGAUUCGUGUAUUUCCUGGGUAUUAUCGACAUCCUACAGCAGUACAACACGCGAAAGAUCGCAGAGACGUUCAUCAAGGGUCUGCGUCACAACCGCAAGCAGAUCUCGUCCGUGAAUCCAGAUUUCUACGGUGACCGGUUCAUCGAGUUCAUGGAGAAACACGUGGUGCAGGACGACACUCUCAUCUCGCCUCGUCCAAUGCCUUGUCCGUCUCCUACCGCCAGUUUAGACUCGUUACCGCGCAUGGAGGAUGACGCCUGCUAGAUCAGUAUUAGUACCUACCUACAGCGUAGAGAGGAGGGAAUAUUUACACC